AUGCGUGACAAAACGUGCGCGGGCGUUGUAUGUGCCUUCCUUCGCCUCUUUCUUCAACCUGCGCCCACUCGGCAUGCGGAGGAAACGGAGGGACACUUAGACAUUUAUACUCGCUGCGGUGGUUGUUGUGCCCCAACCCUUUUUCCGCCGUCUCCCCAGAAAAACAAGGAGGUGGAGGAGAUGCGACGGCUUCCACGCGUUAUCUUUGGUACGCGUGUCGCUCUUUAUGCGACUACAGCAGUGGCGCGCCUGCAGUUCAAAGAUGGUGGCAGACUCACCGACGAAGAGCAGCGGGAGCUGGAGGAGGAGGAGUUUUGCGUUAUGGACGCCGCACGCGAGGAGGCUGAACUUCUCCCCUUUGCUCACCGACUCGCCGCAAAGGCAGAUGCGUUGGAUGCGGAACUGCGCCGUCUGUCGUAUGUCCUCUUUGAGAAGCCGCAGCUUGUUGUGGACACACGUGCAGCGACGCUAACAGGACGUCCUGCAAACAUUCUCGCGGUGAUGCGUCGGUAUCAUGCAGGUAGCACUCAUGGUGGCUGUCCCACUGGAUGGGUAAAGCCAUUGGGUUCCUCUUCAGCGAUCAUUCAGGCAGUUAAGGGGGUGCGCUCGCUUGUCUAUUCUCUUUGCGGUCGCGCUCAGCAGCAGCUGGGGCGAUCAGAUCAACUUGUGACACUAACAGAAGACUUGGACUACAUUCGCCGGAUGAAGCAGCUUCACGCGCUGAACUUUUACAGCCGGAUGAACUUAACACCGAAGCGGCACAUUUGGCUUUCUCUCUUUGCGAUGGUGUGGAAUAUGGUGGUUGCAGUGCAGAAUGCUGUGGGGUGUGUCGUCUUUGGGGCGAUGCGCGGGGCGCGUGACCACGGCGUCUGCGUUGGGACUGUCAAAGGGGUCACCUUGGGUAUGCUUUGUGCCACGCAGUUCCUUGCAUACGGGCUUGUCGUCUCGCCGUGUAUUCAUCUCCCAUCUGGGUUAUGCAAUAGUGUUUACGGGGCGUGGAAUGCCGUGGCGGGGACGCUUUUCUUUGAGGUGAGUGCCGGACGAUGGCAGUACUGCACCGCCCUGGACUCCGCGUGGCUGCGUCACAACAUUCAGCUGGAGCAGCGCGCCAUCCGGGGCGUGGGUCGUCUGGAGUUUCGCCGGAAGAACAUGCGGCCGGAGGAAAGGUGGCAGCAGCGCCUUGCCUCCAUGGGAUUCUCGUUUGACAAGCUAAACCAAACGAUGAUGGGGCGAAUGGGGGGUGGGCGGCGUUCGGCCUCCGCGGCAGGGAUGGAGGGGGAGGAGUAUGCGCUGAAAGAGGAGGACCCCUACGAGGUCCUCCAAGUGAAACGUUCCGCCACACAGGCACAGAUCAAGACGCAGUACAAGAACCUGGCGAAAGUAUUUCACCCAGAUGUGGUGCAAAGCCGUCAUGAUGAGCCGUUGAGUGAGCAGGAGCGAUGGGAGGCGCAGCGGAAGUUUGAAGACAUCUCACAGGCGUAUCAGGUUUUAUCAAACCCUGAGAAGCGCAAGUCCUUUGACCUCGGUGGGGCGCAAGCACUGCUUUUACACGAAAGCAAAAUGGGACGUUUUAUGUCACGUACCCCGGAGGAAAUGAUUCAGAGCGUCUUUGGUGGGAAACCUUUUCGGGAGAAGAUACUUGGUUCCCUGCUUCGCUCGCACUGGCACCUGCGGAAUGAGGCACAAGUCAGCGUGUCCUUGCAUGAGUUUGAGGAGCUGCAGUGCCUGCGCUGCCGUGAACUCACAGUGGAGUUGGCGCAGAUUCUUGACGUGCACGCAAAAGCUUCAUCUGCGCGAGGGAAGAGUCAGCAGCGUGCGGCACACGGUCAGUCGGAGGUACUGCACAGCAUGAUGAGUGAGCUAGGCGGCACUCUGCCGAAGCUAAAGACAUACCCAUCCUCGCAGCGCACCGCAUCAAAUGCGGCGGCGGAUUCCCCGUUCAUAUUAAUUCCUGGAAGCAAUGAGGACAACUGUUUCUUGCAUGAUUUUGAGGAACGUUGUGAGCGAUUCACGCAACGCUUAUCUGGGGCCUGUUUUGGCCGAGAGUUGAUGUAUGCGGUGGGGCAGUCCUAUGUCGUCUCCAGCCAACGUUUCCUGGGGAUUCGCCCCUUCUACGCUCCCAAGCUUCUUGUGUACAAGAGCAUUUUCUCUGGGUUUGACCGUGUGUACGCGGCGUUUCGGGAGAAGAUUGAUGAUCGUGCCAAGAACAACUAUGAGUGGUUUGAGCAGAAGGUGAUGAUGGAGUACUUUAGUGUGGAGUUUGACGCCGUGGUAGCUGACGUGAGCGUUAUUCUUCGCUACGCCGCCCAGAACGUCCUGCAGGACGUUACGUUGAGCGAGGCGCAGCGUCGUCGGCGGUGCUACGCCCUCUGGUACUUGGGUGAGCAGAUGGUGCGCAAAGGGGUCCCGUGGGUCGCCAUGUCGCGGGACGAUGCGGAGUUAAUGGCGUACCUGCAGCAGGCCGCCAACUCCGCCUCUACGACAAGUAAGCCGGGGCCGUUUUGA